UAGUUAUGAGACCGCGGCUCGCUGCGACGCUAGUCAAACGCUGUGUGAACUUCGGCUAGAACAGGCAGUUACAGUUCAGCACUGACCAUGUUUCGUUGCGGGAUUGCGUACCCCAGGUGCAGGUGGAUCUUGCCGCUUUUGCUGCUUUUCGCGAUCAUAUUUGAUAUUAUUGCUAUAGCCGCACAGCGUGGAUGGGUGGAAGACGAGGACGCCAAAAGCCAUUACGCAAAUAUGUGGGAGCACUGCCGAGGCCGAAAUAACGACUGGAAUUGCAAAUCUCUAAUGGAAUACUCUUGGGCCCAGGCAGUGGCUGCUCUCAUGAUCAUCGGCCUCAUCAUCCUCAUCAUAGCCUUCAUCAUCUCCUGCGUGGCUCUCUGCUGCAGUCUGAACAUCCCCCUGUUGCCUUUUAUCGGAGGCCUACUCAUCCUGGCUGUGAUUCUCCAGAUCAUCGCCCUCAUUAUCUACCCCGUCAAGUUUAACGAGCUGAUCUUCGAGGGUCACUAUGACUACACAUGGGCCUAUGGCUUUGGCUGGGGUGCCACCAUCCUCAUGAUUGGCUGUGGAAUCCUCUUCUGUUGUCUGCCACGCUACGAGGAUGAGCUGACCGGCCUGGCGAAGACCAAAUACAUCUACACGUCUGCCUAGACCGUGCGGGCCGCCCUGUGACUGGGCUGAGAACUGGUUCUGAGGACCGGCUUGUAACGGCGCCAGGACCUGUAGUGACUUGCUUACUCUAUGGAGACGAUAAUUUUGAUUGAAUAGGGAACCAGGACACAUGAAUAGGCCAUUAAAUUUCACAGCUUUUAUUUCUCUUAGUGAAGUGUGGCACAAACCAAAUGUCAUUUCUUUUCCAAGUCUUCAUACAGCUUUCUUAUCUCAUCCAUUCAUGAUCAGCCCAGAGAGGCUGCUCUAAUGGCACCGCAACAUGCAAAACCAACUCAGAGACAGAGCAUUGUAUUUCAUCCAAAUCUUUUAUCAUUCAGCUCUGCUCUACAUGGGUCAGGGCAUUGUAUUUUUAAUUUCUUAUUUUUAUAUUGCACAGUAAUAAGAAUGUUUCCAAAGUGCACUUAUUUUCCACGACACUGUGCAGAUUUCGUUUAAAAUUGGACGCGGUCAGGGCAGAUUAAUGGACUCAGUGAAGAUUCUGAGAUUUGCUGUGAUCUGCAUGUCCUUUUUUAGUGCAGUGAGGAGCUGGUUUUCCCUUUAAAUAUGGACAGAAAAGAGUGAUUUUCAGUAUGCCUAAUUACAUACAGACAAUACAUCAUAUAUUGUCACUAAUUUCCUUUUUCUUUUUGGGUUGAGGCUGCUCUUGGCGUUUAUGGCCGUGUACAUAGAAGAGUAAUUCCUGGUGAUUCAGUGUGGUUUUGGACAAACCAAAAUUCCUGAUUUCCUGAGUUCUUAUGUCCCAAAUUAAAGUUGUGGGUUUUAUGGUUAUUGGACAGAGAAAUUAUAUUUUCACUAUGCAACACCAAGAUGUCUCCUCCUCUGCCUUCUUGUUGGUCUUUUGUACACACAUUUUUCUUACAUGUAUGACUAAAAUGUUGACCUUUCUAUGUGCUUUAAAGAUUAUGAUUUAUACUAUGUUAGAUUCAUGAACUAAUACAAAAUAAAGGGAGUAAACUGAA